AUGUUCAAGGAGACUGCCAAGUUGCUGAAAAUCAAGUGCUUAAAAACCUUGGUAUACCAUCCUCAAACCAACAGUUUAGUAGAGAGGUUCAACCAGACUCUCAAACAGAUGCUGUGCAAGGUUUUUAACAAGAAUGGGAGGAAUUGGGAUCAACUCCUCCCCAUCGUACUCUUUGCCUAUCGGAAUGUCCCACAAGCCUCUGCGGGCUUCUCCCCUUUUGAGUUGUUAUACGGACAGCAGCCCCAGGGAAUAUUGGAUAUCUUAAAAGAAGGAUGGGAAGGAGAGACUCUUCCCUCAACAAACAUACUCGAAUAUAUCGCACAGUUACGGGAUAGGUUUGACAAAAUUAGACAGGUUCUAAAGAGUCAUUUGGAGGAGGCGCAAACAGCACAGGCCCGCCUUUAUGAUCGUGACAACGUCUCUGCGGUAUCAGAGAAAACAACUUUGCAAGAUUCUGUUGUAACCACAGUGAAAAUCCAGAAAAGCAACUGGAAUAAAGUGAUCCCUGGUCAUCCAAAACUUGCACAGUUGAUAGUCACCAGCGGCCUAAUGUUUGGAGUACUAAUAAUUCCUGCAUUUUUAUGGUUAAACAGUGGCAAAGAGGAAAAGAAGACAGAUGAUGCUGAAGACAGCUUGCCUGCUGCAGAAAAGGAAAUUAAUACAAUCACUCACAAGAAAGAAAAACAUGACAACAAAAGGAGGGAAGAACGUGAAAAGGUGGAAAUACUUGACAAAAAGAAGAUAAAAAGAGACAGAGAAAGUAAUGGCACAAAAGAGAUUAGAAUUAAAAAAGACAAAAUACAUUAUGAAAAAGAAAAGAUUAGUAAAAAGAAAAGCAUCUCAUGUUCUGACAAAGAUGAAGAUGAGGCAAAACAUGAGAAAAAGAAAAAUGGUGGAAAGAAGAAGGACAAGAAGCUCAUAAAGCAUGAAAGGUGUCAAAGUGAGAUGAAACAUCAAAUGAAAGAAGACUUUUAUCAAAUGAAGGAAAUAAAAGAACUUAAAAAAGAAGAGCAUGAUAAAAAGGAAACAGAUAGCUACAAAGAGGGAAAGAGUAGGACUAAGGUGAGGGGGCACAUUAAAAAAGAACACAGUGGUAAGAAGGUGGAAAUGGAACAUCAGAACAAGAAAAAAAUCAGUGAAGACAAGGAGAUGCAUCUCAAAAGGCAAGAGAUCAAUAAUAAGAUGCUGGAAUCUUACAAAACAGAAGUUGAUGGUAAACAGAAGAAGCCUGGCCAUCAUAAAAAUGACACAGAACAUGACAAAAAGGAAGAAAAAAGUAAAAGAGGUAAGGCUGAAUAUCAUAAAACAGAAGAGAUCAGUAAAAAGAGGGCGCUGGAAUACGGCAGAAAGGAAGAUGGUGAUGAAAAGAAGGAGCCAGUAGAUAAAGAAAAAACUGAAACUAGACAUAAGGGCACAGUGCAUCAAAAAAAGGAGGAAAAAACAAAAAUGACACUAGAGGAAUAUCACAAAAUGGAAGAUUAUAGUAAAAAGGAACUGGAACAACAUAAAAAAGAAGACAAGGAGCAGCAAAAAAAGAAAAAGAUCCUUAAGAAGGAAAUGGAGUAUCAUAAAGAAGAAGAGAAUGGUACAAAACACAAGCAAUAUCAUGUAGGGAAAGAUAGCGGCAUAAAGACAGAGAAAAUGGAACAUCAAAAAGAGGAAAUAUUUUAUACAAGACAAAUAGAGCAUUGCAAGAAGGAAGAGAGUGGUAAAAAGAAAAUAAUAGGGCAUCAUGAUAAGGAAAUGAUUGAUAAAAAGCAAAUGGAGCAUCAUAUGAAAGGAGACAGCGGUUCAAAGAAAAUAAUGAGGCAUCAUGAAAAGGACGUGAUCGAUACAAAGCAACAAGAGCAUCAUAGGAAGGAAGACAGUGUCAAAAGGAAAAUGAAAGAUCAUCAGAGAAAAGAUGUGAUUGAUCAAAAUGUAAUGGAGCAUCACAGGAAGGAAGAGAGUGGGAAAAAGAAAAUAAUGAGGCAUCAUGAAACAGAAGUGAUUGAUAAAAAGCAACCAGACCAUCAUAGGAAGGAAGACAGUGUCAACAAGGAAAUGAUAGAGCAUCAGAGAAAGAAUGAGACUGAUCAAAAUGUAAUGGAGCAUCAUAGGAAGGAAGAGAGUGGGAAAAGGACACCGAUAGAACAUCACAAAAAGGAUGGAAUUGAUAAACAAAUUAAACAUUACAAAAAGGAAAUGAUAGAUAAACAACAAACACAUGAUCAGAAGAAAGAAGAGAGUCACAAAAAGAAAAAAAUGGAGUAUCAUGAAAAGGAACUGAUUGAUAAAAAGCAAGUGGAGCAUCACUUGAAGGAAAUGGCAGAUAAACAAAUGGAGCACCCUAGGAAGGUAGAUAGUGCCAAAAAGAAAAUAACAGAGCAUCACAAAAAAGAAGUGACUGAUAAAAAACAAAUGGAGCAUCACAUGAAAGAAGAUAGCAGUUCAAAGAAAAGAAUGAAGCAUCAUGAAAAGGAAGUGAUUAAUAAAAAGCUACCAGAGCAUCAUAGGAAGGAAGACAGUGUCAAAAAGGAAAUGACAGAACAUCAGAGAAAAGAUGUGAUUGAUCAAAAUGUAAUGGAGCAUCACAGGAAGGAAGAGAGUGGGAAAAAGAUAAUAAGUCAUCGUGAAAAGGAAAUGAUUGAUAAAAAGCAAGUGGAGCAUCAGAAAAAGGAAGUAAUUGAUUCAAAACAAAUUGAACAUCACAAGAAGGAAGAGAGUGGUAAAAAGAAAAUAAUGAGGCAUCAUGAAAUGGAAGUGAUUGAUAAAAAGCAACCAGACCAUCAUAGGAAGGAAGACAGUGUCAAAAAGAAAAUGACAGAGCAUCAGAGAAAGAAUGAGACUGAUCAAAAUGUAAUGGAGCAUCAUAGGAAGGAAGAGAGUGGGAAAAAGACACUGAUAGAACAUCACAAAAAGGAUGGAACUGAUAAACAAAUGAAACAUUACAAAAAAGAAAUUAUAGAUAAACAACAAACAUGGGAUCACAAGAAAGAAGAGAGUCACAAAAAGAAAAAAAAUGAGUAUUGUGAAAAGGAAAUGAUUGAUAAAAAGCAAAUGGAGUAUCACAUGAAGGAAAUGGCUCCUAAAAAACAAACUGAUUUUUACAAAAGAGAAAUUAUUGAUAAAAAACAAGUGGAGCAACAAAAAAAGGAAGAGAAUGGCAAGAAGAAUCAUAAAAAGGAAAUGAUUGACAUGAAACAAAUAGAGCAUCACAAUAGGAAAGUGACUGAUAAAAAACAAGUGAAUAAUCACAUGAAGGGACAGAGUUAUAAAGAGAAAAUGACAGAGCAUUUCAAAAAGGAAUUGAUUGAUAUGAAACCAAUGGAACAUCAUGAAAAGAAAAAGACUGAUAAAACUGAUAAAAAACCCAUGGAGCAUCAUGGGAGGGAAGAUAGUGAUAAGAAGAAAAUGAUAGAACAUUACCAAAAAGAGGUGAUUGAUACAAAGCAAAUGAAGUGUCACAGGAAAGAAGAGAGUGGUCAAAGGAAAAUGAUGGAGCAUCAUGAAAAAGAAGAGAUUGUUAAAAAGAAGUUGAUGGAGCAUCAUAAAAAGGAAGAGAGUGAUACAAAGAAGGAGGUGGAGAGAGGGGUAGACAGUCACAUAAAAAAGAAAAUGGAGCAUGAAAUGGAAGAGAGCAGUAAAAAGGAAGAACAUUGCAUAAGGAAAGACAGUAGUACCAAGAAAACACUGGAGCAUUAUAAGAAGGGUGAAACUAUUCAUAUGGAAAAAGAACAUCAGAAAAAGGAAGAAACUAAAAAGAAGGAGCAGCAAAUUCAGAAAAAAGACAAUGGUAAUAAAAAGGAAUUAGAGCAUCAUAAAAGGGAAGAGAGCACUACAAAAACGAUAACUGAACAUCCCAAACAUGCAGAGAUAAAUAUAAAGGCAAUGGACCAUCACAAGAAGGAAGACAGUGAUAGAAACCAGGAACUGGAAAAUCAAGAAAAAAAGCAAAGCAAUAAAAAGAAACAUCAACAAAUGCAAGAGGUAACUAAAAGGGAGAUGGAUCCUAGAAAAAAGAAUGAAAUGGAUCAUCAUAAAACAGGUGAAAGUAGACACACUGAUACUGAGCAUCAGAAAAAGGAAGGAAAAAAUAAACAGGGAGAUGAUGGUAAAAAGCAUCAUGAAAAAAGAGAGAUUAAACAACAUGAUAAAAAAGACAGCAUUAAACGGAAGCAAUUGGAACAUAACGAAAAGGAAGACAAUGAUAAAAAGAAGGAGGUGGAGCACUGUAAAAUGGAAGAAAACCCUGAAAAAGGAUUAGUGCAUCAUAUAGCAAAAUACAGUGAUAGAAAGAAGGAUCUGGAACACCUCAAAAAAGAAGCAAUUGGUAUAAAAAAGAAAAAUGAGGAACACCACAGCAAGGAAAAGAUUAGUAAUAAACUGAGUGAUCAUCACAGAAAGGAGACUGAGAAUCAUAAAAAGGAAGAAAGUAGUAAAAAGGAGCAAGAACAUCGUACAAAAGGAGACAGAAAUACAACUGAAGUAGAGCAUCCCAAAGAUGUAGAGAACAGUAAAAUGAAGAAGAUCGAACAUAGUAGUAACACAAAAGAAAUAAAACAUCACAAAAUGGAGAUGGAACAUCAAGAAAAGGAAGAAAGUAGAACAAAAGAGCUUAAACUUUUAACAAAGGAAGAUAGCCAUAAGAAAAUUGGCCAUCUCAAAAAAAAAGACAAGACUGAAGAUCAUGAAAAGGAUAGCAAAGAACAGAGUGGUAAAAAGGACACCAACCAUCACAAAAAGAAAGAGAGUGAAAAAAAAUAUCUAGAGCAUUACAAAAAGGAAGAGGACUGCAAAAUGAAGCAGAUGGAAAGUAAAAUUAGUUUGGAAAACUGUAAUAAAAAGGAAACACUACAUCAGAUAGAAAUAGAGACUGGCAAAAAACUAGCAAUGCAUCAUAAAAUGGAGGAAGAUAUUCUGAAAAAAUAUAAGGAAACGCAGGAGACACAAGACAGUCACAGAAUGAAGUAUUAUAAAAAUGAAGGAAAUGUUCAGCAAAAGAUGGCGUACAAUAAAAUGGAUAUUCAUCGACCCAUCCAUCCACUGUCAAAACUGUUCAAUCCAGCUCAGUUUUACAGUGGAGCUGAAGGUUAUAUUAAUAACUUUGGGUACAAGCCAGAGACCCGCCCUAGAUUGGAGUCUAUGGAAAGCAAAAAAGGGUUCAUAAAAGCAACAGAGAUAGAACCUCAUCAUAAUAAAGAGAGUCAGCAAAAGACGCAAGAUGAAAAAGAUCAGAAAUCGAAGAAUGUCAAUGAUGCACAUGGAGUGAAUAGUAAUAAAAUGAUGGACCUUUUUAAAAAAGAUGCAGUCAAUUGUUAUGUAAAAAAUCUCAAAGAAUAA